GCCAUUGCUGCAGAUCCUUCCUCUCUUUGUCCCUUUGGACAUCAAAGGAUGGCCAGGGGACAGCCCUGGCGAGAGGCUCCUCCCUGCUCAUUAGCCUCCAUAAAACAGGAACUCACCUUGGCUAGCUGUGCUGGGAGUCCCAUCCUCAUCCUGGCCACUCUUGACACUGGAUCUCAGAAGGACUUUUGCUGGCUUCAGGAAAUCAGAGCUGCCUGUGAACUGGACUAUUUUGGCUCCCCUUCUGAGAUCUCUGCUGGUUCUCUUGGCCCUGUGAGCUCCUGGACUGCACAGUACAUGGAAAAAUGCAAGCUCUACCAGACCUGAAAGCUCCAUGUGAGGCACUUCCUUCCCCCAGCCUGGAGCCCUACCCACAGAGCUCCAUCGUGGUCACCCUGGAGGACAUGGAUCUCUGGAUGAAGUUUCAUCAGAUAGGAACUGAGAUGAUCAUCACCAAGUCUGGCAGGCGGAUGUUUCCACAGUGCAAAAUCAAAGUCUCUGGCUUGAUCCCAUAUGCCAAGUACCUCAUGCUGGUAGAUUUUGUGCCAAUGGACAACUUCAGGUACAAGUGGAACAAAGAUCAGUGGGAAGUUGCUGGGAAAGCAGAGCCUCAGCUCCCUUGCCGCACCUACGUCCACCCAGAUUCCCCAGCUCCUGGCAGCCACUGGAUGAAGGAACCUGUGUCCUUCCAAAAGCUGAAGCUCACCAACAACACUCUGGAUCAACAUGGGCAUAUCAUCCUGCACUCCAUGCACCGCUACAAGCCUCGCUUCCACAUUGUGCAGGCAGAUGACCUCUUCAGCGUCCGCUGGAGCAUCUUCCAAGUGUUCAGCUUCCCUGAGACUGUCUUCACCUCUGUCACUGCCUACCAGAACGAGCAGAUUACAAAGCUCAAGAUCGACAACAACCCCUUUGCUAAGGGCUUCCGCGAGCACGGCAAGAACACUCGCAGGGAAGGGCGAGCCAAGGGCCAGAAGCCAAGUCCAGCCAAGGGCCAGAAGAGGAAGCUGCCUGAGGAAAAGGAGCCUGGUGCUGAGGAACGUGAUUUUGAGAAAGAUGAGACCGUGGACGUGAAGGAGGAGAGUCACCCUGUGGUGGUCAGCAGUGGAUACCCCUUCUGGGUCUCGGAGCAGCACAGCAGCCACGGCUUCCCCGCAGCAUCGCCGCUGCCAGCCGACCAGAGGGAGGGGCUGGCCAGGGAGCAGCAGGUGCCAGCGCCGUCCUACCAGACCUACCGGUUCCACGAAGCUGCGGACAGCCAACAGCUUCCCACCCGCGACGCCCCCAGCGACUUCCGAGCACGCUGCCACCCCUUGGACCUCGCCACGGCGCCCGAGCACGACCCCAAGCAGCUCUCCGAGGGCUUCGCCAACCUGCCCGCGCUGCCCCCAGCCCUGCCUCCUCCCCAGGACUACACGGGAGUGGUGAACAUGGCUUUGGACUCCGCCGGGAAAGCCGCGGCCAGGCCGCCGGUGUACAGCGCCUACGGCGGCGAGCAGGGCCUGGGGCAGUGGGUGGUGCCCGCGCACAGCCCCUACCGGGCCGUCAGCUACUCCUUCCCCGCCGAGUACGGCACGCAGCCCGCCCCGGGACAUGCCCACGGCGCCGUGCCGGAGUGGGGCCAGUACCCGCUCUUCCCCUAUGCCUGCUGGUGACCGGUGAAGACUGCCCAGUGAACGAAAACUGAACCCAAAACAGCUGUAAACGAGAGCAGAUUUGCCCAGGGGGUGCUGGCCCUGGGGGGUGCUGGCACUCUGAGGGGGUGCUGGCCUUUGGAAGCCUUGCCUAGGCUGGGCAAAGAGGUGCUGCUGCAAGCAGCAGUGUGGGACACCCUCACUCCCUUGCCUCCCUGCACAGCCCGGGCCGUAUUUCCCAC